UUCUGAUCAAAAUAACAGUUCGUUCGUUCUCUAGGUUUCUGGUCUCGCCGGUCUCGAUUCAGCUAGACCCUUCGAGCAGCAACCCCUGACCUUGGCUGCAACCUACUAAAGCUUGCCUUUCAACCCCUGUCUUCCAAUUGCCCACCCGGGGCUGUGAACGACAGAGCUUGGCAUGGAAAGCCUUCCUUCCCUGAGAAAUGGGCCUAAAAGAGCUCAUAAGAAGGUUCGAACGGGAUGUAUUGCCUGUAAGACGAGGCACGUAAAAGUAGGCGGCCGCCCCAAGUCAGGUUGAGCUGAGAUCUGACUGCUAUUCGGGAUAGUGUGAUGAGAGAAGGCCUCGAUGCAGUCAAUGCACCAAGCAAGCUAUUUCCUGUCGUUUCCCUUCACCAAAACCAUGUUCUCCAAUAGAGACCACGAAACCAGGUCCAUCUCAAAACCUUUCUCACAGGGGCGGGGCACUUGAUCUCAACAUGCUCGAUCUCGAACUGAUACAUCAUUGGACACUCUUCACAUACGACAGCUUGACGGUCAGCCCCGUGAUUAGAACAUUUUGGCUAAGAAAUGCGGCGCAAAUCGGGUUCCGCUGUGAUUUUGUCAUGCGGAGCUUACUGGCCCUUUCCGCGGUUCAUCUAGCACAUCUCAAUCCGGCGCGAGAAGAAGCCCUAUUUCAACAUGCGCUGAAGCACCACAACACAUCGACUGCGGCAACUAUCGCAUCGAUACAUCAUAUAGACCAAGUGGAAGAUGUCGUCAUGCGAGAAAACCUCUUCCUAUAUUCAAUGUUCAUCAUGUUUUACAUCAUCUCACAGACGGAACACCCCCAAGAUGCCUUCUUUGGCCGUCCGAGUCGAAAGGAAACAUCGUCCCCGGAUUGGAUGGUGUUCUUUCACGGAUCAAGGUCAAUCGCCCUGGCGUCCAUGGCAUUACACACCACCACCAGCCUGACUCAUCCAGUCAUUGGCUAUACGAUGGGAAUGCUCGCAGACCGUGAUAGGACAUCAAAGAAACAAUACCUCGGCACCUUGCUUGAUCGUAUAAGAGAAACCGAGUCCAAUGAACAUUACGAAACGUACCUGCACGCCGCGGAAGAACUUGAAGCAACUUUUGCGGUACUGACAGAGUUUCCUGAGAGCAGAGAUAUCUUCCACGGGUUCCUCUGGAUCAGCAACGUAUCGGACCACAGGGGAGAUCUGAUCGCAUUGAUUCAGGGUCGUAAUGCGUCACAGGAAGCAUUGGUCGUGUACACGUACUUUUGCAAGAUAAUCCAAAGGCUUCCGGCACGAUGGUGGUCUGAAAAAUGGGUCCGGGGGCUCAAGGAUGGUGCGUUUGCUUCUCUUGAUGAGGAGCAUCGAACCUGGGUCGUUGAACUGCCAAGUUGGACCUGA